CUCCCAGCUGCCUCCUGCAGUGCGCGUUCAUAAAAGUGAAGCUUGCAAUCACAUUCAUAGCAAAAGCCUGGAGGCAAGCGGUCCUACCUCGACUGGUGUUCAGCUAACCUGAUUUCAGACAUGUCAAGCCACUUCUAUUUUGAGUAAAUGCAGAGCACAUCAGCCUGUGCUCCCAACAGGACCUGUUUACGUGAGACGAGGAGGAGGUGGGGUCGGGUCCCAACAUGAAGUACACGAGGGAUGACAGAAGACCACAGGAGGAGAGUGGUCCAACGUUCACCGUGGAGGAGGCUGUGGAGGCCAUGGGCUUCGGCAGAUUUCAGCUGACCAUCUAUUUCGUCGCGGGUGUCAUCAACGCAGCUGAUGCUCUGGAGAUGAUGUUACUGUCAGUUUUGUCUCCUGUACUGAGGUGUGAAUGGUAUUUAUCAGACACGCAAGUCGCUCUGAUUACUACAGCAGUGUUUGUGGGGAUGGGUAUCAGCGCCCCAGCCAUUGGCCUCAUCGGUGACAAGUAUGGUCGCAAAGCUGCUCUCCUGAUCGUAACCGUAUCCAUCGGCUACUUUGGAUUCCUGGCCACCUUCAGUCCAUCGUAUGGUUGGAUGGUUUUUCUACGUGGACUUGUAGGCGUUGGGCUGGGAGGAUCUCCUCAGGGGUCGUCGUUGCUGGCAGAAUAUUUACCUUCAAAAUACAGAGCCAAAAUCUUGCUCACAAACCAGGUGUUUUGGGCGACUGGCUCCACAGUGGAGAUCUUGCUGGCCUCAUGGAUAAUACCACAAAUAGGCUGGCGAUGGCUGAUGGCAGUUUCUGCUAUCCCGGUCAUCGUUGCCGUCGUCUUUCUUAUUUUGGUUCCAGAAUCGUCCCGAUAUCUCGUAGCAGCUGGCCGAUCUCGUGAAGCUGACGAUGUUCUGAAACGUGGGGCAGAGGUCAACGGCAAGUCAUUGCCAGAAGGACGUCUUGUUCAACCCUCUCAAAACAUUAAACUGGGUCAGCCAAAGGAUCUGUUCUCCAACGAAUAUUUACGCAGCACAUUGCAGAUUUGGUUUUUGUGGUUCGGUACAGCGUUUACCUAUUAUGGGAUGGUUUUAAUCAGUUCUCAAGUCCUUACUGUCAGCAGCGCAAAAAGGAAUACAUGCAAGUGUGCAUACCUGACACACGACGACUACGUGACAAUGAUCCUGGCAACACUUGGAGAGUUUGCGUGCAUUCCUUUAAAUAUCCUCAUGAUUGACCGGCUAGGGCGGAAGAAGACUGGCGCGAUCAACUGGCUUUUCUGUGGACUGUUCUUUGGUCUGCUGCAGCUGAGUGUGUCCAGGGGUCUGCUCACCUUCUUCAUGUUCGCCGUCCGCGCCUUCUCGGCAGCUACCUUCAGCUGGGUUUACCUCUACUCCGUCGAGAUCUACCCCACAUCAGUAAGGACAUUCGGCAUGGGCUCCGCUUCGACGUGGGCCCGGAUCGGGGCUAUGACCACACCCUUCGUGUCCCAGGUGCUCUUGAACCAGUCGGUGUCGGCGGCGCUGUCGGUGUACGUCGUCGUCUGUGCUUUGUGUUGCGCCACAGCCAUUCUCUUGCCGGUUGAGACCAAGGGUAGAGCACUUCCGCAAUGUGUGGAGAUGGAUAUUAAAGAGCAAUAGCACACAAAGAAACAAUUCUCCUGGACUGAUGAAAGGGUGAGGGGAAGGAAAAUUGGAGAUAAUUUACAUCCAGCCAGUAAAGAUUUCCUGUCAGUGCUUUUCGUGCAUCUGGAAAGUGCAGAAGAACUCGGAAAAAGACAUCGCCGUGGACAAACUGUGUCGAGAGGACCAAUCAAGAAGUGAAGACAGUUUGUCCAUCCUGAUAUCCAUGAUGCUGUGUGGUCAUCAAUCAGUCUCGGUUUCCGGAUGAUGUGAAGGCGACUGUUUCAGGGAGUUGUUCACUCGCCAGUGACGGGGGCGACCUGUCAUCUCUCACCGUUGUUACUGUUCCACGUUGAUGAACUAGAGCAGCUCUUACUGUCUGUGUAUUUCUUUUCUUACACUUACGCCUAUGAAGAGAUGCAAGGACUCAACGUCGGGAAAUCUUCUUAAGUCUAGCAAACAUCAACCAACGAAAAUCAAAUGCAGAAAGUAAAAUCUUUAUUUCCAUUACAACUACAUGAUAAGCUUUUUAAUGUUAAAUGACUCGACUGCUGUGAGUGAGUGAGAGAGAGAGAGAUGGAAUAUAUAUUUGGAGACUAAA